UGAAUGAUCGCCUUGUUUACGAGUUUCGCGGCCUCCCAAGUGAGGAGAAAUUCAAGGGCGGUUUUUGAGAGGAUGCGACAGAUGACAGAAUCGGAGACGAGAGUUAUUUGGAAGAGUGCGGACGCUGUGUGUUUUGACGUAGACAGCACGGUGGUAACAGGGGAGGCCAUAGAUGAACUCGCGUCCUUCUGUGGCCGGGGCGAAGAAGUUGCCGAAUGGACAAGGAGGGCAAUGGGAGGAGGAGUGUCAUUCAGAGAAGCCUUGGAGAAUAGGUUAAAGAUAAUCCAACCCUCAUCCAAACAGCUGGAAGAGUUCAUUAAGAGUAAUAAGUUGGAAUUGACUCCAUUUGUCAGGAAUGUAAUUGAUUGUCUCCUCUCCCAUGGCACACAAGUAUAUCUUGUCUCUGGAGGCUUCCAGAGUAUUCUAGAACCAAUAGCAAAAGACCUUGGAAUACCCAAAACCAAUGUCUUUGCAAAUAAAAUCCUGUUUAACUCAAAUGGUGAUUACUGUGGCUUUGAUAAAGAGGCAUUUACAUCAUCAUCAGGAGGGAAGGCGAGAGUUGUGCAGUUACUGAAAGACAAAUAUCAGUACAAAAGACUGGUUGUUAUAGGAGAUGGAGUGACUGACAUGGAGGCGUGUCCUCCUGCGGAUGCAUUUAUUGGAUUUGGUGGUAAUGUGGUACGAGAACAAGUCAAAGCAAAUGCUCCCUGGUUUGUGACAGAUUUCAAGGUGUUACUGGAUGCAUUAUGAAACAUACCAACUCUUGGAUACACCCAAGAUAUUGUCAAGUUAUGCCUAAGGCAUUUAUGAAACAAUUUGACAUAAUAUUAUAUUGGAAACACCUAAGACAUUAGACACGCUGAAGACAUACAUUGGAUACGUCCCACAUCUUCCAACUCAUUGGACACCCAAAGCUCAUUUGAAACAUCCAAGACAUUAGUGAGAUGCAUCCAAUGUAUUUAUGAGACAUGCUGAAGACCUACAUUGGACACAUCCCUUUCUAUUGACAUGAGUCAAUAGAAAGUCAACAAGGCACGUAGUCUAAACGAGAACAAGUAAUCUAAUCGUUUUAGUAUAAAUCCACUGACAUACUACUUUCGAAAAGAAAGAUAUCAAAUUUGUUUUGGUUUGGGUGCUAUAAAGUCUAGAUGUGUAAAUGUUUUAUGAUUUUUAUUGAAAAGAUAUUAUUACCCUGUCACCACUUGCAAAGCAUCGAAAAUAAUCUAUAUUUUAUACACUUCCUUCAAACAACGUUGAAGCAGAGAACACAUUGCCUUGAAUAAUGAAAUAAUUGUAAUUUAUAACUAUCCAGGUUUUAAAAUGUGUAGAACCUUUA